CGUUCGAACGCGUCACUUGUUCACGUGACCGCGCGUCUAAAAUGCAUAAAUGUAGAACAAAACUGGCACAAGCGACUGCGAGUAAACAAAGCCUACUCGACCAGCCGUCAUCACCAGGCCUUGACAAACAUCGGUAGUCUGCUGCGAACCUCGUCUCUGUUCUUGUUCUAAACACCAACCAGACAUGGCUGUGACUGAUGUAGUAGUCACUCCGACACCGGCUCAUAGAGCAAAGACUCUUCCGGCAAGUAGCCAGAGCUUCAACGGUCGUCGACGGGCGGUAUCUGUUGAUGCGCUUUCUACACUGCAGAAGCCCUUUCGAUCUCCUGGUGCUCCGGUCACCGCGAAACGGGACCUACCCCUUCGCAAACGGAUACGGGUGAAUUAUCGUGAAGAUGCAGCCGGAAAUGAUGAGGCUGCUGGUGAUAGUGUGUAUUUGGAAGAUGGCCGGUCCCCGCUUGCGGAGCGGAUGGCGAAUAGAUUCCCAGUUUUCCGGCCGCGUGACAAGGAGGUUGUGUUUUCUCAAAAGUUUUCUGUUCCGCUCAAGAACAAGCCUGACGACUUUGCUCAACGUGCACCACCGCCUGCGCUGGGCAUGCUACGACGGAAGAACAUGAUCAUUAAGCCACUCCAUGACCCGUCCGGUGAAUUCGCGAUCGUGCUCUACGAUCCGACCAUUGACGAACCUGAGGAUAUCAAACCCGUCGAAGAAGAACCGCCGAAACCAGUAUCGACAAUGCACAAAAGUCUGUCGGAUUUACUAGGUCUCAACAAAAAGGUGGAAGAAAGACCAAAGGUACCGGUCGUUAUCGACCCGCGACUGGCAAAAGUCUUGAGACCUCAUCAAGUUGAGGGUGUAAAAUUUUUGUACCGCUGUACGACCGGUCUUAUUGAUCCAAAAGCUCAUGGCUGUAUUAUGGCAGACGAGAUGGGUCUCGGAAAGACUCUACAAUGCAUCACCCUCAUGUGGACUUUACUCAAGCAAUCUCCCGAAGCCGGAAGGUCGACCAUCCAGAAAUGCGUCAUUGUCUGCCCCUCAAGUCUGGUGAAGAACUGGGCCAACGAACUCGACAAGUGGCUCGGCAAAGGCGCAAUAAACUCAUUUGCGAUCGACGGCAAAUCCAGCAAAGCCGAGCUCACGAUGCAGCUCAAGCAGUGGGCCAUCGCUGAAGGCCGGUCGGCUAUCCGUCCGGUUUUGAUUGUGUCGUAUGAGACGCUGAGACUUAAUAUUGACGAGUUGAAAAACACAAAGAUAGGCUUGCUGCUGUGCGAUGAAGGCCAUCGUCUGAAGAACGACGAAUCACUAACUUAUAUGGCGCUUAACGGACUCAACGUCCAGCGCCGUGUGAUUCUCUCCGGAACGCCAAUCCAAAACGAUCUUUCCGAGUAUUUCGCGCUUUUGAAUUUUGCGAAUCCCGAUCUUUUGGGAUCACGCACCGACUUCAAGAAGAACUACGAGAACCCGAUUCUCCGCGGCCGUGACGCGGACGGCACUGAGAAAGACCGCGAGGACGGUGAUCGGAAACUUGAAGAGCUCGGACAGCUUGUCAAUAAGUUCAUUAUCCGACGCACGAACGAUAUUCUGUCAAAGUAUCUGCCGGUGAAAUACGAGCACGUUGUGUUUUGCAGGCUUUCCCCUUUCCAGGAAGCCCUGUAUAACCAUUUCAUCACUUCACCUGUGAUCAGGAAGUUGAUCAAGGGCACCGAGUCUCAGCCGUUGAAAGCAAUCAAUAUCCUCAAGAAACUGUGCAACCAUCCAGACUUGCUCGAUCUCCCGGGUGAUAUCGACGGCAGCGAUGAGUUUUUCCCCGAGAGCUACGUGCCUAAAGAUCAAAGAGGCAGCCGCGAUCGGGACAUUGACGUCUCGCUCUCGGGAAAGAUGCAGGUUCUGGCCCGCAUGCUGAGUCGGAUCCGCGCGGAUACGAACGACAAGAUCGUGCUGAUUAGUAACUACACGCAGACGCUGGACGUGAUUGAGAAGUACUGCCGGACAAUGAGGUACGGAAACCUUAGAUUGGAUGGAACGAUGAACGUGAAUAAGCGACAGAAGCUGGUGGACCGAUUCAAUGACCCUGAAGGCGAGGAGUUUGUCUUUCUACUCAGCAGCAAGGCCGGUGGCUGUGGUAUCAACCUGAUUGGCGCCAACCGGCUCAUCCUCUUCGACCCAGACUGGAACCCGGCCGCGGACCAGCAAGCACUCGCGCGCGUCUGGCGUGACGGUCAAAAGAAAGACUGCUUCGUCUACCGCUUCAUCGCGACCGGUACGAUUGAGGAGAAGAUUUUCCAGCGGCAAUCACACAAGCAGUCGCUCUCGUCAUGUGUUGUUGACGAGGCACAGGACGUCGAGCGCCAUUUCUCGCGCGACGGACUCCGCCAGCUGUUCCAAUUCGUGCCGGGCGCGCAGUCGGAUACGCAUGUCACGUUUAAAUGCAAACGAUGCAAACCUGACGGUCGACAGUUUGUCAAGGCACCCGCGAUGAUGUAUGGCGAUACUAGCUCGUGGAACCAUUUCACUAAUGGGUGCUUGAAGGAUAUCCAGGAUCUGCUGCUUAGACAGGAAUCCGGGGAGGACGUGAUUACGUAUGCGUUCCAGUAUAUCUCGCAUUAGAGAGAUUUGUAAUUUUACUUAUUUUAUUUACAGUCGGAGUUUGCUAUAACAGACCUAGAAGGCAUUGAAGUGGAUGGAAAUAAUACUAUUCAAUGA